AUGGACACUGUACAUCCGGACGAUUCCAAUCGUGUGCUGCCCUCAGCUCGAGAGCUUCUGAUGCAUGGUCGAGAUCCUCUUGCAAACAACUACAAUGGUCAACAACAAGACCCCAAUGCAGACAAGAUGCAAAUUGACGAGCCUUCAUUCCACCCACCCGAAACAACCGAACACACUAAUGGCCCCGUUGCUUUUGCAUCGGAUUCAGUGACCAAACCGCAUUUGCCUUCGAUCACCAAUGCACAGCCUUGUUCGCCAAUACCGCACCCAGCCAACGCCACUGGCUCACCUUCCUAUGCUUCAGAUGAAUAUCUUCGACACCGUAUGUCUGAUAUGAGUGUAUCGUCAUCAUCAAUUCAUCCUACUGGUGGUGGAGCUACUCCAAGAGCCAUGUCGCCGGCGUAUGAGCCGAAUAGCAAUAGUGCUGCAAGCCGACCCUUGUCGCCAUUGGAGCCUAGUUCACAAACAACACCUUCUCAUUAUGAGUCCUAUUCUCGACGUGGAUCCAUGACAGACUUUAUGUUCCACAACAGCAAUAACAGUGGUGCAUCACCUUUGGAAUUCCGUAGACCCACCAUCCCCGACUUGAACAAUUUACCAUUGCCUACUUCUUCAGCCAAUGCUAGUCGUCGUGGUUCUCUUGCUACCGUCAUCACUGAUUAUGAUUAUCCUUCACGAUCUCCUUCACCAGCUCCUUACAACAAACCAUCCAAUACGUCCACAACUACAACAGCUGCUGCUGCUGCUGCUGCUGCAUCUCCCAUGAUGGAUUAUGGUCGUCGUGAUUCUUUACCAUUUCAUCCUACUGCUACGACACCAGCAAACAAUCACUCUACUCCAUCUUCAUCGUAUGAUCCAUUUCAACGUCGUCAUUCGAUUGCUACCGCUGAAGUACCCAAUAGUAAUCGUGCACCUACAUCCAAAUACAGAGCAUUCCGUUUCCCGGCAACAAUCCCCGAGUCACCUAGUCAGCAUGGUCCUUAUUCUGCACCAUCUAGUCCACCUGAUUCAUCCACACAACCAACAGCAGAAUCUUCAGCAGCAGCAGCAACGAAUGCUCAUGUUGCACGAUAUGCACGUCCCGCAGCACAGCAGUAUCAUCACCCAUCCUCUGAUGUUCAUCCCCAUUUCAUGCAACAACAACAACGGCAUCAUCCUUAUAGCCCAAGUGGUCCUGUUUUGCAUCAUCGUCGUCGUUCCAUUAUGAUGGAUGAGCUUGGUGCUAGUAGCAGUGGUCCCAUAUUGGCAAGACGUGCUUCCAUGCCUGUAGUGAGCACUGGUGUUGGUAGUAGCAGCAGCCAUCAGCAUCGAUCACCCCAUGAACAAGAUUAUUAUGCAUCAGCAUCCAAUUCAUCCGCAGCUGAGGAUGAAAGAUCACAGCAGCGUCGAUCCGAAACACCUUAUUCACGCAGCCCAGAAUUACGUGUGAGCCACAAAUUGGCUGAACGCAAACGACGCAAGGAAAUGAAGGAAUUGUUUGAUGAAUUACGUGAUUCGUUGCCAGUGGAAAAGAACCUAAAGACAAGCAAAUGGGAAAUUCUCAGCAAAGCCAUCGAGUACAUCACUUUGCUUAAACGCCGUGAUUUCGAAAUGGAAAAUGAAGUUGCUCUCCUUCGACGAGAAGUCUCCAUGCUCAAACGUGAUCGAGGAGCAAGCAGCUCCAAUUAUGGUCCACAAUUCUGA